AUGAACGAAUCAUUAUUACAAUGCAAUAAUGAGAAUACUUGGACUGAGGUUGUCCAAGAUCGCAAGUUAACACUUCCAGAGGAAUUCUUCCUUUUGUUGUUGGAUGAGCAAAAGUGCAAGAUUACAUCAAGUAGUAUACCAUUAUUCAUUGGAUUCUUUGGUGUUGCCAUUGCAGACCUACUCCUCAAAGGCAAAAUUGGAAUUGAACGUCCCAAGAAGACUACUUUCUCAAACUUAUACUCUGUUAACUUGAAUGUCCUGGACCAAAGGCCGAUGGAGGAUCCAUUCCUCAACUUUGUCCUGGAGAAGAUAAAGGCCAAGCCAAACCGAUCAAUUGGUGAAACCUUGAACAGGCUAUCACGUGGAUUCUACUUUGCAAAUGAGAAGAGGGUCCUCAAUAUGGUUGGCCAACAAUUAGUGAUGAAGGGUAUCAUCUCAAGGGUUAGCCCAAAGAACAAUAUGUUUGGUAUCAAAUCAUAUCAUUGGAAUAGAAUGGAGGAGAAGUUGAACAUUGAGAAGAGAUGUGCAGACUUGGCAAUCAUCAACAUACGAGAGAAUCAAGUGUUUGAAGUUGAGCAUUAUAUCCGAGAGGUUAUACUAUUGUUGACGAUGAAGAAUUAUAAUUGGUUGAUUGGUGGAUCGUUGGUCAAGUCAUUCAUCAAGCGUAACUAUUCAACAAAGAUGGAGCAGAAGCUGGUCUACGAGAAUGUCAAGAAUACCCAGCACCAUUACGAGACCUUCAAGCUGUCCGACCCCAUCCACAAGUUGCUCUUCUGGAUUUCCCAUGGACUAAGGGAGGGAUUCGACAGCAACUAG